AUGAGCCGCCAACUCGAUAGACCCACUGGGGUUGUCGGCAUCCUCAUUUUGCUAUGUGUAGCAUUCAACAUUUACGCGGCAUACAAUGUGCCAAACAUUCCCUCUCGGAUAUUUCCCCAAACGGAGAUGAAUGAAGUGAAAAAAGGGCCGGCAAUUGCAGAAUCAUCGGUUUGGAAAUACUUGCUGAAAGAACAGUCAAGUUGCGAAGGGAAGGAAAAGAGCGGCAACCCGAGUUUUCGAAAGCAAAUGAAGCAGUAUGUGAAUAGUGAUGCUACAAGCGAGUGUUCUAUUCCACCACCUACUUCGUGUCAAAGUAGCAAAAUGUCGGUAGUCCUACUAUCAGAGGGGGGAGACAUGCGAACCAUUUUCCUGAGUCUCUUAUCAUUCUUGAGCUAUGAUCGAGGAUUCCUCAGCGAUAGCCCAAUCGUCGAUGUAUCAUUGGUAAUCACCAUCGACGAAAAAGACCUCGCCAACGAUCCUAAGUAUGGACAGCGCAUCUUGGAUUGGGGGAAAGAAGGUACUGUUAAGAUUGUGCAAGUGAAAUCUUCAUUCUGGGAUGCGAUGGAAAAGUUGAAUCCUAUGGGCGAAUCAGUUAUAUGGUUCAAUGGAGAUGUAAAGAAGGACUGGAAGCUUUCAAAUAUUCGAAAGAGUCAUUCGUUGUGGAAAGAGAAUUCAAGUUCGAUUGUUGCUUCCCGUCUGAUACAAACUAAUGCUCAAUGUCGGUUGCCGGAACUUCACCAUCUCACGGUACCAAGAGAGUUUCUAUGCUUUCUCGAUCACCCGUUGAUGGAUUCGUUUCGGCGCAAAGCUACUGGGACUAACUUUGAUGUUUUUAAGAGCACAAUGGUUCUUUUUUGGGCAGUUUUGACUCGCGGAAAUGUUAUUCUUUCACAAGAAGCAAACAACGAAAUGAUCAUCAGGACGGUCAACAUUCCUAGUGACAUUUCUUCAUUUUUUGGCUGUGCUUGUUCAAAGCAAACGAGAAUAAAAUCAGUACAAGAAGCAAGCAGUGCAUGCGCUUCCAAUAAAACCAACAAGAACGGUGUACCCAACGUUCAAUAG